UAUGCCAGUUGUAUGGAUGUACCAAAACCCACACCACGUCGUAUCAUCCCCAGGGGAACGGAAGCUGUGAGAGGUUCAAUCAGACCCUAUUGGGGCUACUGGGGACUUUAGAUCAACGACAGCAGAGCGAUUGGGUGAGUGCUUUACCAAACCUUUUGCAAGCAUAUAACAACAGUGUUCAUAGCACGACGGGGUAUGCCCCUACUUACCUGAUGUUCGGCAGGCACGUACGGAUGCCCACUGACCUGGUCCUGGGAGUAGCAGCAGACCGGGAAGAAGUGAGUGUGACGGAGUGGGUGGGGCGCCAUCACCAGCGCUUACACUUUGCGUACGAACAAGUCUCUAGGAAGAUACAGAUGGCAGGAGAAAGGAACAAACGUUUGUAUGAUCGGACUGCUCGAGAUGCCCCCCUGUUACCAGGUGAGAGGGUCCUGGCGAGGGAUAACCGGCGGCAAGGAAAGGGAAAGCUAAGCGACCGCUGGGAGGCUAUCCCGUAUGUGGUUUGCAAGCAGCAGAGACCGGGACAGCCGGUGUACACCAUCCGGCCCGAGGGAAAACCUGGCCCCGAACGCGUAGUACAUCGGAACAUGCUCCGCCCCUGUCCGAAUUACCCCGAGGCUGUGAUAGAGGGGCCCACAGAGCCAGUACCGGCGGCCCCCUGGAUGGAAGGAUGGGCUGUGGUACCAGGUCGACCUGUGGCGGCGCUACCCCCGGCCGCCCAGAGGCAGCCAGAAAUAGCACCCGAGCCAGCUGAACCCCCAGUGGCCCAGAUACCGCCUGAGUUGGUACCUGAGCCGGUUGAACCCCCGGCGGCCCAGAUGCAACCAGAGGUAGUACCCGAGCCAGUCGAACCCGAGUCACCCGUGAGACGCUCCCAACGGGAGAGCCGAGGACGCCCCCCUACCCGGUACGGUGAGUGGACAACGCCGAGGCAUUCCAGGGACUAGAAUGCAUUGGCGGGGGAGGAUGUCACAGGAGUGACGAUCUUUUAGGCGGAACCAAAAAUUGGGCAAGUUUGGUUCCGCACGGAUGUUUCCGCCCGGGCCGGUAAGAGAAAACACCGGACAUCCGGUAGCAUCGCGAACGCUGUAAUCAGCCGAAUUACAUACAGCUGGGAGUUAUUAAGAGGAGCGCCGGGUGAUUGGACGAGGACAACACUCAGGAGAGUAUUUUAGAGCAGUUUGAACCACAGUCUGGGUGCUUAUUAUCCCUGUUGUUGGUGUGUAUCGUAGCGCUGAGUUGGGCUCACCGGGUACGCUAUUCUGGAUUGCUGUAUUGCUCUCUCUCUCGGUUGGAUUAUAGACUUACAUUGAGGAAGAUACCGAAGGCCUUAUAGGUAGAAGAAUUAAACGAAUACUGACCUUGGAUGAAAGAAACGAAGGAAGGAAAGACGCACAAUUGUGAGUAUACGUCUGUGGAAAAGUGUUGUUGGUGGCUGGAAAACGCCCUGUCUGUGCCUCUAGAAUUAUUACAGCGUGAAGGCAACCUAGGACGAAGAAAGUACAGCAGUUGUGAGUAACGGAACCUUCUUAUGGAAGUGUUGUGCAUGUAUUUGACCUGUAUGUCUCUCUGAGUGUUCCCGAAAGAGAGUGGGCGGCCCUAUCCCUGAGCCAGCGCGGUGGGUGAGCCGAAGGGUCUUUGUGUGGAAACAGCUCCAGCGACGAAAACAAACACUAGGCCGCGUUACCAUCUCCAUAUUCUCGUCCAGAGCGAAGUAAAGGAAGACGGGCGUCUAUUGUGUGCACUGAAUGGUGGGUGAGUCUUGGAUGUAGAAAUUUUCACUUGAAGUGGUGCUGUGUAAUGCUGUGUAUUGCAGUGGGAUUGCUGUUGUCUUGUCUGACGUACCCCCGCCUCCAGUCACUCGCUCCUGAGACGACGAAGAGGAAAAACGGUCCUAGAGUAAGACCUGUACAUGAUUAUGCUGUGAGUGUGUUUCAGUCUUAAAAAUCACGGAGUGGCAUCUCGAAGUAAUUUCCCAGCCAAACACUCGGCGGACUUGGGUUUAGGAGUGGCGGUGAAGAACUGUGCUAUUGACGGUGUGUGAGUAUUACCUAUAAUAUUGUUACCUUACCUGUGUCUUUUGAUCAUCACAGAGUUUGAGGCGAAGGAGAUCCGCCGCCCCGAGGUCUCGACGAAAGGGCGCCCCGGUCCAGUUUUCGAUCGACCAACGGGUCUCGAGGAAAGGGCAGCGCUCGACCCGGUGUGCCGGCGUGACGUUCUCGCCCCUCUGUAGACCAACGAGCUCGCCGAGAGGGUUUUGGCCCCCGGCGCCACCUAGGAAACCACCGUCCAGUUGACGCAUCGCGUAGCCAGCCAUCACACCUGUGGAGAGAGAGAGAGACAGCGCGAACGCUGAGAUACCGGACUGUGAAGAGAGCCAUACCUACCCAAAGCUGUAGUCAGCGCAGAGGUGAGAGAGCCAUUGGAAACCGAUUCACUGUGCCUUUGUGUUCCAGCAGUCAUCUGUGGAGAGAGAGAGAAAGCCAGCGUGACCGCUGAGAUAUCAAGCCGUUCAGGAAAGCCCAACGUACCAGAAGCUGUAGUCAGCGACGAGGUGAGAGAAACCAUUGGAAAUCGAUUCACUGUGCCUCUGUGUCCCAGCAGUCAUCUGUGGAGAGAGAGAGAAAGCCAGCGUGACCGCUGAGAUAUCAAGCCGUUCAGGAAAGCCCAACGUACCAGAAGCUGUAGUCAGCGACGAGGUGAGAGAAACCAUUGGAAAUCGAUUCACGGUGCCUUUGUGUCCCAGCAGUCAUCUGUGGAGAGAGAGAGAAAGCCAGCGUGACCGCUGAGAUAUCAAGCCGUUCAGGAAAGCCCAACGUACCAGAAGCUGUAGUCAGCGACGAGGUGAGAGAAACCAUUGGAAACCGAUUCACUGUGCCUUUGUGUCCCAGCAGUCAUCUGUGGAGGAGUAGAGAGAACCGGUGUGAGUGUCAAAGGAACGAGCGAGGAAGGAAACCCAUACUUACCAAAAGCCGUAGUCGGUGAAGAGGUGAGAGAACCCUUUGAGGUCGAUCCAUCGUGUC